GUAUUUGGCGAUUGUGAUGAGGACGGAUUCUACAUGGGAGAAUGCAACGGUCUUCGAGGUCUAGUACCAUCCAACAUGGUGAGUGAGGUCGAGGCACAGGCAACAGGAAAGAGUUUAGGAAGUACGGCUUACACUGCCACGAGGACCUGCAGCACAACACUCGGCACAACAGCUGUGGCUUCCACUAUUUCUGGAUCGACGCAGCUAAAUCAGUCAGAACCGGUCCACUGGUUGCCUCAGGGCGCCUGGUACGAUUCAGACUUGUGUCGAGCCCAAAUACCUGCUCCGGUUGCAUUUCCACCUGGUCAGGUGUGGCGGCCAAGAAAUAUUGUCGGCCAAGGAGGUAUGACUGAGCUGGCGCCAGCAAAUGGGGCGCACCAGACUAGCAACGAAAUGAACACUGGUGCCGGCCUCGGGGCAGUGUUAUCAAACAAAGUUAGGAUGCAGCAAAUGUUUCCUUCAGGAAUGCCACAACAACAUCACCACUGGCAGUAUCAAUUAUCAGGCCAACAUCUUCCUGUACAUCCAGGCCAAGAACAGACACAACAACAGCAACAACAAAUGCAACAUCAUCAACAACAAAUGCAGCAGCAGCAACAACAACAUCAACAACAAAUGCAGCAGCAGCAACAACAACAUCAACAACAAAUGCAGCAGCAACAACAACAACAAAUUCUCCAACGACCUGGUGCUGUCUAUUCUGAAUUUGACUCCAGGGCCAUGUUCCCUCCAACGGGCCCAGGAUGCGGGCCUCAGACAGAGCGAAAAGGUGCCUCCCGUUAG